AUGGAGGGCAGCUUUGACACCGAGGAGAGUUUUGACGACCCAUCGUGUCUCGCCCCGCAGCCGCCCGGAUCUGUGUCGCCCGCCAGGAGGCGAGUCCACGAGGUGAAGGAGACCAAGACCACGAUCAAUGGAGUGACAUUUCCACUUCCUGGAGAAGGACCUGAGCAGCAGCUGCUCAAACCCAACGAAUGGAGCUACUGCGAUUACUUCUGGACAGACAAGAAGGACCCACAGGGGGCCGCGUCGGUGGGAGGAUUCGAAGUUCUGCUGCAGAAGCAACUGAAGGGCAAACAGAUGCAAAAGGAGAUGGCGGAAUUCGUCCACGAGAGGAUUAAGAUUGAAGAGGAGUAUGCCAAGAACCUGUCCAAGCUGUCCCUCAGCACUUUGGCGGCUCAAGAAGAAGGGACUCUUGGUGAAGCUUGGACUCAGCUGAAGAAAAGUCUCCACGAUGAGGCCGAAGUGCACCUCAAGUUCUCCAACAAGCUUCACACUGAGGUGGAGAAACCUCUGCUGACGUUCCGAGCCGACAAUUUCAAGAAGGACCUGAAGAAGUAUGACCAUCAUAUCGCCGACCUCAGGAAACAGCUGGCCAGCCGAUAUGCUGGAGUUGAGAAGGCUCGGAAAGCUCUAGCUGAGCGGCAGAAGGAUCUAGAAGUCAAAACACAGCAACUGGAAAUCAAACUCAGCAACAAAACCGAAGAAGACAUCAAGAAAGCUCGCAGGAAAUCCACACAAGCAGGAGAUGACCUGAUGCGCUGCGUGGACCUUUACAACCAGGCUCAGUCCAAAUGGUUUGAGGAGAUGGUGACCACCAGCAUGGAGUUGGAGAAGCUGGAAGUGGAUCGAAUCGAAUGGAUACAGCAGCAUCUCCGUCAGUACACGACGCUCAGACACGAGACAGACAUGUUCAACCAGGGCACGGUGGAGCCGGUGGACCAGCUGCUGCAAAAGGUGGACCCGGCCAAGGACCGGGAGCUUUGGGUCCAAGACAACAAGACGGGUCACGUCAGGCCCGUCGACUUGGACAUCUGA